AUGGUUGAAUGGACCGAUACUCAAAUACGUAUCCUCAUCGAUGAGCGUAGAAAUAGAAAUGAAGAAUAUCAUAAUUUUGGAAGGAAUCGAAUCGGAUUUUGGAAUAGCAUUGCAACCAUAAUUAAUCAAGAACAUAAUACGAGCUUUAAUGGACACCAAUGUAAAGAAAAGUUUAUGAAUCUUGUUCGGGAUUACAAUUUGAUGUGCGAUUAUAUGGCAGGGAAUCGAAGAGCACGAAGAAGCCGAACGGGUGCACAAUAUUUCAAUGAAUUCCGUACACAUUUCUGGGAGAGGCCUGAAGAUGAUUUCGAUAGAAUCCGCAACAUGAAUAGUUCCAACCGUAGACAACGUAGAAUUGGGGGGAAUAAUACACCCGCACCAUCUAUUGGGGAAGUUGAACAUGAAUUAGAUCAAACAUUGCCAGGUAAUCGAAGAAGCCGAAGAACUUCUGUUGAUAGUCGAAGUCGUCGAAGAAGUCGUAGACGGUCAGCAUCUCCACCUCCACCCCGUGAUACAAUAAACACUAAUACAAACAAUCCUGGUGUGGAAAAUCCUGAACAAAAUAUUGGUCAUUCUGGCUCUAUCGAAACAUCAUCUCUUCAACCACCACCACCACCUUAUGAGGCCACAGAUGAAGCACGAAAUAAUUCCUCAGAAACGAAUCAGAGACAAGUUGCUUCUAAUCGUGAAGUAGUUGUCUCUGGAAUACCCUUGUCUCAAAACGACAGUGAUGUUAGUAUGCAUGAUGUAAGAGAUAGUCAAACAUUUUCUAAUAUGGAAUCGAUAAAUGAAGAGGUUGGAUAA